AUGGCGUUUUUAGAAUCUCAUCAUGUCCCGUGCGUUAAAUGGCGUUCGCAUUGUAAAUCAGCAUGGCGGUGGUUGGUAUUCCUCUCGUAUCUUAUCAACAUUGUGUGCGGCCAAAUCCGCUAUUCAAUCCCGGAGGAGAUGAAAAAGGGCUCUCUUAUCGGCAACGUUGCGCAAGACCUCGGACUGGAUCUGAAGAGACUGCGCCCGGGCCGUGCCCGUAUCGUGACCGGAGAAACCACUCAUUACGUCGAGCUGAAGACGGACAAAGGGAGUCUUGUCGUGCAUGAACGAAUGGACCGAGAGCAGAUUUGUGGCGACGCCACGCCGUGCAGCUUCAGCUUCGAGGUGAUUUUGGAAAAUCCUAUGGAGCUUCAUCAAGUCACAGUGGAAAUUAUCGAUAUCAAUGACAAUUCUCCGAUGUUUAGAAAGGGAGACAAUACGUUUGAAAUAAGCGAGUCGGCCACAAUUGGCUCGCGUUUUGUGUUAUCCUCUGCAGAAGAUGCAGAUGUGAGCAGUAACGGCUUGCAGAAAUACACGUUAAGCGCGAACGAUCAUUUCGUGUUGAAGCAACAUUCAACCCCAGACGGUAGAAAAUAUGCAGAAAUGGUUCUACAAAAACAGCUAGACAGAGAAAGCCAGCCGAGGUUGUCGUUAAAGCUGAUAGCUGUGGAUGGGGGCGCGCCAGAGAGAUCCGGGACAGCAAAUAUAGAGAUCACCGUCCUAGAUGUAAAUGACAAUUCCCCCGUUUUUAACCAGUCAGUCUACAGGGCCACUGUUGUAGAAAACGCAGCGAAGGGCACCUAUAUCACGACAGUGAACGCCAGUGAUGCAGAUAUCGGGUCAAACAGUCGAAUCACGUACAGGUUUUCUAACUUAAAGCAGCAGCUGACCGACAUAUUUCAAAUGGACGAAACUACUGGGGUGAUAACACUUGCGGGGCAAAUUGAUUACGAGAAAGACAAGAAAUAUGAAAUUAUGAUUGAGGCGACCGACCAAGGAGGUCUUACGGAUACCAGUAAGGUUUUAAUUGACAUUGUUGAUGUUAACGAUAACGCACCAAUUAUAAAUGUCAUGUCUUUCUCAAGCCCAAUCCCGGAGGACGCCGCGUCUGGCACCACGGUUGCAAUAAUCAAUGUAAAAGAUGCAGACUCAGAGAGGAACGGUCAGGUGACCUGCUCCUUAGAUAAAAACCUCCCCUUUACAAUAAAAUCAUCUCUGACAAAUUAUUACACUUUACUAACCAACGCUGCUUUCGACAGAGAAAUUGUGCCAGAAUACAACAUAACGGUUAAGGCAACUGAUUCUGGGUCUCCUUCGCUGUCCGGCUCUAUAGUAUUGCGUCUAAGAGUAUCUGAUGUGAAUGACAACGUCCCGUUGUUUGAUAGAAAGAUGUAUUCUGCUUUUGUAACGGAGAAUAAUCCCCCGGGGAUGUCCAUAUUUACUGUGAGUGCGCGGGACUCCGAUUGGAAUCAAAAUGCCAGAAUUUCAUAUUUUCUGGAGGACGUGCAGGUCAGCGGUAGCCCGGUUUCCUCUUUUGUAUCCAUUAAUGCUGAGACGGGGGUGUUACACGCAGUGCGCUCAUUUGAUUAUGAACAAAUUAAACAACUGCAGGUAGUUGUUAAAGCGCAGGAUGGAGGCUCUCCUCCACUCAGUAGUAACGUGACUGUGAACAUAAUGAUCCAGGACCAGAACGACAACGCCCCUCAGGUGCUGUACCCAGUCCAGACCAGCAGCUCUCUGGUGGCUGAAAUGGUGCCUCGCUCAGCAGAUGUGGGCUAUCUGGUGACUAAAGUGGUGGCUGUUGAUGUGGACUCUGGACAAAAUGCCUGGCUCUCCUAUAAGCUGCAGAAAGCCACAGACAGGGCGCUGUUUGAAGUGGGCUUACAGAAUGGGGAAAUAAGGACUAUCCGCCAAGUCACUGAUAAAGAUGCUGUGAAACAAAGGCUGACUGUUGUAGUGGAGGACAACGGGCAGCCCUCUCGUUCAGCUACAGUCAAUGUUAACGUGGCGGUGGCGGACAGCUUCCCUGAAGUGCUCUCGGAGUUCACUGACUUUACGCACGACAAGGAGUACAAUGACAACCUGACUUUUUACUUAGUCUUGGCUUUGGCUGUAGUGUCCUUUCUCUUCAUCACCUGCUUAGUGGUCAUCAUAUCAGUGAAGAUAUACAGAUGGAGACAGUCUCGCAUCCUCUAUCAUUCCAGUCUGCCGGUGAUUCCCUAUUAUCCACCACGUUACUCAGACACUUUGGGGACAGGGACUCUCCAGCACGUGUACAAUUACGAGGUGUGCAGGACGACUGACUCCAGAAAGAGUGACUGUAAGUUCGGCAGAGCCGGUAGUCAGAACGUGCUGAUAAUGGAUCCCAGUUGCACAGGGACGAUGCAGCGGAUCCAGAAUGAAAAGAACAUCCUGGAUGAGCCAGACUCUCCUGUAGAGGUUAGUUUGUUUUUUGUUUUGUUUUUCUGGAAUGCAUAUCUCAGUUUUUAUUAUGGGUAUUUUGCAUCAACCCUCACAAAUCCCUGA